CAGCUCUGUGGAGAGUGAAGAAGUAGUUGCUCCUUUACCUUCUAAUCUCCCCAUUAUCAAAAACAAUGGGCAUGUCUACACUUACCCAGACAGGGAAAUCUGGCAUGGCUACCUGCGAGAUGUGUGGGAUGGUUGGCGUGCGACAUGCCUUUUACUCUAAAACAAAGCGUUUCUGUAGCGUUUCGUGUUCAAGAAGUUAUUCGUCAAAUUCCAAGAGUAGACGUUCCCAAUACAGACUGCAGCCUCCCUACCAAAGUCUUCUGGAUUGCUGGAAUUGUAAAAUUAGCAGCUAUUCAACAUAAGUAUACAAACUGGAAAGCUUUUCUAGUGAAGACUGGUGCCAAAACCCUUCCUCCUGACUUCUCACAAAAGGUUUCAGAGAGUAUGCAAUAUCCUUUCAAACCUUGCAUGAGAGUAGAAGUGGUUGACAAGAGGCAUUUGUGUGGAACGCGAGUGGCAGUAGUGGAAAGUGUAAUUGGCGGAAGAUCAAGGCUUGUGUAUGAAGAGAGUGAAGACAGAACAAAUGACUUCUGGUGCCACAUGCACAGCCCAAUGAUGCAUCAUAUUGGUUGGUCUCAAAGCAUAGGCCAUCGAUUCAAAAGAUCUGAUAUUACAAAGAAGCAGGAUGGACAUAUUGAUACACCACCACAUUUAUUUGCUAAGAUAAAAGAAGCAGACCAGAGUGGGGAGUGGUUCAAAGAAGGAAUGAAAUUGGAAGCUAUAGACCCAUUAAAUCUUUCUACAAUAUGUGUUGUGACCAUUAGAAAGGUGCUGGCUGAUGGAUUCCUCAUGAUUGGGAUUGAUUGCUCAGAAGCAGCGGAUGGCUCUGACUGGUUCUGUUACCAUGCGACAUCUCCUUCGAUUUUCCCUGUCGGUUUCUGUGAAAUUAACAUGAUUGAACUUACUCCACCCAGAGGUUACACAAAACUUCCUUUUAAAUGGUUUGACUACCUCAGGGAAACUGCCGCCAUUGCAGCACCAGUAAAACUAUUUAAUAAGGAUGUUCCAAACCACAGAUUUCGUGUAGGAAUGAUAUUAGAAGCAGUAGAUCUCAUGGAGCCACGUUUAAUAUGUGUAGCCUCAGUAACUCGAAUUAUUCAUCGUCUCUUGAGGAUACAUUUUGAUGGAUGGGAAGAAGAGUAUGAUCAGUGGGUAGACGGUGAGUCCCCUGACCUCUAUCCUGUAGGGUGGUGUCAAUUAACUGGAUAUCAGCUACAGCCUCCAGCAUCACAGUCUUCAAGAGAAAGCCAGUCAGCUUCAUCAAAACAGAAGAAAAAGGCUAAGUCCCUGCAACACAAAGGACAUAAGAAAAUGACUACAUUGCAGCUAAAGGAGGAGUUGCUAGAUGGAGAAGAUUAUCAUUUCCUUCAAGGAGCCUCUGAUCAGGAAAGCAAUGGCUCUGCCAACUUCCACAUCAAACAAGAGCCGUGACGUGGCUCAGAAACUGAGGGUGGGAGGGGAAGAGUUUUACACAGGACUGAUUUGUAAUCAAUCCAGCUGUACAGCGGGACUAUUCUACUGGGACAUUUUGCUAAAUAUAGAAAAUUUCAGUUCCAGAUUUUUCAGGUGGGCGGGGAAACUAUUUUAGUUGGGGAGGGAAAUUUUUCAACUUAUAAAGAUGGAUACUUUUUGUGUUGUAUUUGAAGCUUUUGAAAGAAUUUUGUAAUAUUUUCCAAGUUUGGAUUUAUGUGCAUUGUUAACAAGAACUGAAAUUCUAACUUUUUUGGUAAGAUUAAAGUUUAGGUAGCAGGAUUGAAGGAAAUGCUUUAAGAAGGAUAUAGUUGUAAAUGCAAAUGAACUGUCAUUACAAAUGAACCUUUUUGGUACCUGUUGGGAGAUUUGGGGAUGUUAGAAGUUAGGCCAGUCACAUCUCCAGCUUCCUUUGCUGCAGAAAUAGGCAACUGACCCCUUCACAGAGGGUUCAUCACCACACAGAUCACGGAAGCAGUAAUUCUGCUUGUUGCCAUUUUAUUGCAGCCCAUUUUAAAUGUUUGUACAGAAAUGUUUUUCAUUCUGUGAAAUUUAUUUGGAGUUCUGAAUGAAACUGGAGGAACUCUGGAUACUUUUAUAUGUUCUCUCUUAUGUAAAAAACAAAAACAAAAACAAAAACAAACUAAAAUUAUCCUAACACUAGAGUGUUAAACUGGAAUGGUUGACAAGAUAUACAGGAUCUCAGUCUACAAAUUGAGGGGUUGGGGAAGUGCAAUAUUGUCGUAAGUUCAUUUUAUUUUCCUUAUUGAAAAAUACCCCACAAGCGGGAUUCUGAUCAGUUCUCUGCCAUUUCCCUCCAUCUGUGAGAUAACAGCUUAGUAUAACCACACCCCGAAACGGAUGUUCUGUGUUACCAGAAGAACCAAAGUAAAAGUAAUUCAAAGUCAGAAUAGGUUGAGAUUUCAAAAUCAUUCCAGCUCUACUGUUAACUAUCCUGGAUUCGUUAGAGAACAAUCUGAAAGAGAAUCUAAGUUUCAUAAAAUUCCAUAUAUAAUAUGAAUUGUCUUUAAUUGUAUUCAGAACUUAUUUUAACAGUAACUUACUUGGACCAUUUUGAACAUUCCCUAUUUUUAAAUUCACAUGGCUUCCUUUAAACAAAAGGAUACAAGGGUAAAUUGGUGAAAGGUUUGCUCUCUGCGUUUUCUAACUUCUGCCGAGUUGUGACUGAAUGAGAGAGCUCUAGCGUUUACCAGUGAGGUUCAUAAACUAAACUCUCAGGAAUUAAUGCAUCUGUUCUACAAGUGCUUCUGGGUCUUAGCCUGGCCUCUUCAGAGUAGUAAUAUUGACCAUCGCCUCUGGAAUACAGCUGGGGCUGGUUAGAAAUUAAUCAAAAUGAUUAACCUCUGCAGCCCUUCAGCCUAUGGAAUGGAAUGCUUUAAAACAAUGUUAAUGGAAAGCCCCAGGAGACCGUUUUAGGUAAGAUUUUUGUUUCAAAUUUUAAAAUGCAUAGAACGUUAAAAACCAGUAAUUUAUUUUCUAAAAUAUUGCUCUACUUUUGGGAAUAAUAGCAUUGGUAAUACGCACAGGUUUACCUCACUCUAUGCAAGAGGGGUUAAUAACAUAAGGUUUUGUAGUAGCUACUGGAAGUAAAAUGUGUUACUUUAUAGUGUAAGAAUGUGUGGAAUCACAUGUCACCAUUUCUUAAUAUGACUCUUGGGGGGCGUAAGUGUAGAUCACAUCAGCACAGGUUGAGUCUCAUGUGUCAAAUAUGUGUGAAUUCAGCUGUUAACUUCCUGGAUGUUUAUCUUAAACAACAUUGCUGAGAGGGACCUACUGUAAAUGUGAUAUGCUCACACUUGCUCAAUCUUUCCAUCUUUCCACAAACUCAAAGCCUACAAGAGUUCCAGAGUGUGGCUUACAGCAGUCUUUGCUCUCAGACUUAGUGAAUUAAGCCCAGGAUUCUGAUUCCAUGGUACAGGUGCAAGAAACCUGUUGGGUCAUGUACUCUACUAGUACCUUGGGAUUAGGGCCUCUUUGGGACUGAAUUAACCAGGGGGGUUAUGAUUUGGAGCCAGUCAGGCCUGGUAAUUCUGUGAAAUGCUCACUUGUAGCCCAGUUAUAGAAACUUCCAAUUCUGCAGCAAAACCAGGCUGCUUGAGUGUUAAAGUUUUUCACCUAUUCAUGAAGUGUUCUUUUCUUGAUCCAUGACCAACAGCUAGAGGCUGGUAAGGACUUGUAUGGUCUCAAACAAUCUGUAGCCCUCUUCAUCGUGCAGACUCUUAACUCUUGCUGCCACUGAACAGAAACUAAGUUCACGCAGAGGACAUUCUGUCUUAGCCACAACUCCAGCUGUACAACUCACAGCCCCGCUCUCUGUUACAGCUCAAAAUGUACUGCUGACCUGGGGUUUCUUUGUGUUUCUUGUUUCUGUUUUUGUUUGCUGUUAGAAUGAUUUGGGGACUCUUGGUAGUUUAAACCUUAAACCUUUUCCUUGCUGUGUAUGAGGAAAGCUAAAGCUGUUAUCAACUUCUUAUUCUACGGAUACUAACACGGGUUUUCAGUGUUUGUUUUUAUUAUUAUUAAUUUUGCGUGAUGUGAAUACCCUCUCCCAUCAAUAUUUGUAUUAUGGUGCUAUAUAUUUGGUAAUGAUCCUUUAAUAUUGGGAAGGGAUUUUAAAAAUACUGUGAUUAAACUGGAUUUCUUCCUUUGAUUUUCGUAUUUAAAAUAAAGCCACAGUCAUUUAUACAAAAGAAAAGCAUUUGUCCCUGGGCAACUCUUUUGAGGAUAGAGGUCAAAGUAAACUGCGUAAGGUUUUUACAACAUUUCUGUUUGUAUUUGAUAUAUAGAUCAAUAUCUGUAUAAAUUUAA